AUGAUACAUUUUGCCAGGUUCUUCACCAACUUUCCCGAUCUUCGCGUAUACUUCAAAGGCGCCGAAAAGUUUACCGCUGAGGAUGUGAAGAAAAGCGAGAGAUUUGAGAAGCAAGGCCAACGCAUCCUUCUCGCGUGCCAUUUGUGCGCCAACGUCUACGACAACGACGACGUCAUCCGCGGAUACAUCCGCGAGACCGUCAACCGUCAUCGCCAAUACAAAAUGGACCCGGCACUCUGGGAGGCCUUCUGGACUGUAUGGACCGGAUAUUUGGAGUCGGCUGGCUGCUUGAACGACGAGCAACGCGCCGCGUGGAUGCAGCUCGGCAAAGACUUCAACACUGAAUGCCAAGUGCAUUUGAAGAAUCUCAACCUUCCAUUCGUUCAAUAA